AUGGGUCCAUCGCCCCAGGCUCAGGGAAUGCAGCAGUCGCCGUAUCAGAGCAACAAUUAUGGCAUCACCAUGAGCAGUCCGCCGCAUGGCAGCCCCAGCAUGAGCAGCAACCAGCCUGGUCUGAUGGUGUCUCCCCGGAAUAGAGGGAGCCCCAAGAUGGGUUCCAGCCAGUUCUCCCCCAUUCCAGGAAUGAACUCCCCAAUGGGGUCAUCUGGCAACGCGGGAGGAGGGAGUUUUUCGAGCAGCUCGCUCAGUGCCCUUCAUGCAAUUAGCGAAGGCGUUGGCAGUUCUCUUUUGUCAUCAUUGUCCUCGCCGGGUCAAAAAACUGAGAACGCCCCUAUUAUGAACAUGGGACAGCAAUCUAAAAUGCCCCCGGAGUGUAAGAGUCCGGCGGGGUUGUUUUGUGAACAGGGACAAGUGGAGAGUUCUGUCUGUCAGUCCAGCGGGAGGGAGCACCUGGGGGAGAAGGACAGUAAGGAGAAUAUUGUUGAAGGCCCCGACAGCCAGCGGGCACAAGUAGAAAGUAAGGGCCACAAGAAACUCCUGCAGUUGUUGACGUGUCCUACCGAGGAGCGUGGUCACAGUACCAUGACCAACUCUUCCAUGGACUCUGGCUGUAAAGACUCCUCCAGCAACGUCACCAGCCCCUCCAGUGUGUCCUCCUCUACUUCCACUGGCGUCAGCUCCACAUCGAAUCUGCAUGGCUCCAUGCUGCAGGAGAAGCACCGCAUCCUUCACAAGUUGUUACAGAACGGCAAUUCCCCCGCAGAGGUUGCCAAGAUCACUGCGGAAGCCACCGGCAAGGACAAUUUCCAGGAGUCAGUCAGCUCUGCCCCUUGUGCAGAGCCAACGGUGAAGCAGGAACAAAUGAGCCCUAAGAAGAAGGAGAACAAUGCGCUCCUGCGAUACCUGCUGGACAAGGACGAGGGCAAGGAUCAGAUAACCAAGGACAUUAAACCCAAAGUAGAACCCAUGGACAGCAAACUGGGCCAGUGCAGCAGUUCCUCUGUUUCCACCUCCAGCCAGGACAAGGACAUGAAGAUAAAGAGUGAGCCCACUGAGGAGGUGACCGGCGACUUGGACAACUUGGACGCAAUUCUCGGUGACCUCGCAGGCUCAGACUUCUACACUAAUCCAUGAGCUCCGGUACGGGAAACAUGAGAGCUAAAACGCCGGUGUUCCCAGACACGCCCCCCAUGGGUAUGAGGAGCCCUCAGAAUGUUCAGGUGAAUCGGCCGCCCUUCAAUCGAGCCAUGUCGUUGGACAGCACUAUGCCUGGUAACUCCACCCCUCCGGUCCGGAAUGUCAGUAAUUUUCCAAUGAUGCCAAAGCAGAGCAUGAUGGGAAGUCCAAGGAUGAUAGACGGCCAGGAAAAUUUUGUGAUGCUGGGGAACGGAGCCAACAGGGGGAUGAGCCAACACCCGGGCGGAGACUGGGCCAUGCAGAACUCUGCUGUCAACCAGAUGGAACCCUCCAGCACGGGGCCGGUAGGGAGACAAGGACCGGAAUAUAAUGCCGCCAUGCCGAGACCUGCUAUGAGCGCAAGUAUGCCGGGACUUCCAGGAAGAUCCAACAGCAUGCCAGGAAACCGGCCGGUGCUGCCACAGCAGAUGAUGUCCAUGAGGCCUAAUGAAAUGGCGAUGGGCUUGGGUUCCAGCCCCUAUGGUCAGCAAGCACCUUCAAAUCCUGCGGGGUCUUGGCCUGACAGUAUGAUGGCCAUGGAGCAGGGGCCGAAUGGAUCUCAGAACAGGAUCUCUCUGCCACCUACGUCUUCCAGGCAGCUUGGAAGGGCUUCUCUGGAUGAUCUCCUUUGUCCUCCAUCAACCGUGGAGGGGCAGACUGACGAGAUCGCUCUCCUGGACCAACUCCACACCCUUCUCAGCAAUACAGAUCCCACUGGCUUGGAGGAAAUAGAUCGGGCCCUGGGGAUCCCUGAGCUUGUCAACCAGGGCCAGGCUAUAGACCCCCAACCAGAUGCCUUCCAGCCACAAGACUCCUCGGUGCUGAUAGACCAGAAGCCCCCAAUGUAUGGACAGCCGUAUGCAGGACAGGGGUCCGCCAUGCAGGCUGGGGGCUUCAGUAGCAUGCAGGGUCAGCACCCUCCGUUCAACUCUAUGAUGAGCCAGAUGAGCCAGCAGCAAGGAAAUUUCCCGAUGCAAGGAAUGCACCCCAGGGCCAGUCUCAUGAGGCCCCGAACCAAUAUCCCCAAACAGCUGAGGAUGCAGCUACAACAGAGGCUCCAAGGCCAGCAGUUCUUGAACCAAAGCAGACAAGCACUUGAAAUGAAGGUAGAAGGUAUGAACGCGGGUGGCGCUGGGGUUAUACGGCCUGGGAUGCAGAUGCCUGUACCUUCGCAGCAGGGAUUUCUGAAUGCUCAAAUGGUCGCUCAGAGGAACCGGGAGCUCCUCAGCCACCAGAUCCGCCAGCAGAGGAUGGCCUUGAUUAUGCAACAGGGGCAGCCGCAGGGGUUCAGCCCUCCCCCCAAUGUGACUGCUUCUGCCAGUAUGGAGAGCCCCCUGGCUGGACCUCCCAUGCCUCAGGCUCCUCCCCAGCAGUUCUCCUACCCACCUAGCUAUGGAAUGAAUCAACAAGCCGAUCCCACAUUUGGAAGAGUUUCCAGCCCCCCAAACCCCAUGAUGACAUCUCGUAUGCCUCCUACACAGAACCCUCACCCUCAGCCUACACAGAUGUACCAGUCACCUGACAUGAAGGGCUGGCCGUCAGGAAAUAUAGCGAGGCCCAGCUCGUUCCCGCAGCAGUACAGCCACCAGGCCAAUCCAGGCACCUACAACAUGAUGCACAUGAACAGUAAUGGUAACCACAUGGGACAAAUGGCUAUGAACUCCUUGCCCAUGUCAGGCAUGCCGAUGGGACCGGACCAG